GUGGCUUCCGGUUGCUCCGAUGUUGGCGUGGUGGUCGGCGAUGGAGUUGGCUUCUCUGUCAGUUUGCCCAAAACUGAAUGCUCCACUCUCUGUUCUCUCUCUAUUCUUGAACUUUACAGUGCCUCCACUUUAUCUUCUUCAUUUAUCACUCUUCUGAUGAUGAUGAUUCACAGAACUCCACUAUUAAGCUCAUUCGAGAAAAUCACUCUUCUCUGUCUUCACCAUCGGUCGGAGCUUCAUUCACAAGCCAAAAAGGAGUGCAAUUUCAGCUCACUACUUAGGCUAAGUCAACCUAGAGGUGAUUUUGCUGUAAAUUUCUGUUCACUUUUUGCUUCCCAUAGCCACAAACCACUAUUUCCUUUCAGCGAGACCUAUUAACAAUGGAGUUUACAUGUUUGAGCAAAGGUAGGGGAUCACACUUCCCACCAUGUCACAUCCUAAACUUAGGUGGGAUUAAGAUCCUAUUGGAUUGCCCACUAGACCUUUCUGCUCUCACACCAUUCUCCCCGGUAACUACUGCUUUUUAUGCAUUGCCAUCAUUAGAAGAAGAUAAAGUGGAUGCAAACAAUGAUGUUGGUUCAAUGGCUGUGCCUGCGAAGAGGCAGAAAAUUGAAAACCAACCAGAUAAUAAAACCUUAAUUUUUGCUGAACCAUGGUACAAGACUGUUAUGAACUUGCACCUAUGGAAUCCCUCUUUCAUUGAUGUUGUACUAAUCUCCAGUCCAAUGGGUAUUUUAGGAUUGCCUUUUCUUACUCAGAUGAAGGGAUUCUCGGCUAAGAUUUACGCAACCGAAGUAUCAGCAAGACUGGGUGAGCUAGUGAUGAGGGAUCUUGUAUCAAUGCAUAAGGAAUUAAAACAAUUCUAUGGACCAACGGAAACUGAUUUCCCUGUAUGGCUGAGGCAGGAAGAAGUUGAGAAGAUUCCUUCUGUAUUGAGAGAGAUAAUAUUGGGCAAAGAUGGAACGGAGUUGGGUGGUUUGAGGCCCUUAUACAGUGAAGCUGAUGUCAAUGAUUGUGUACUAAAGAUUCAAAAACUUAAAUAUGCGGAGGAAGUUUGCUACAAUGGCAUAUUAGUCAUAAAAGCUUUCAGCUCUGGUGUAGAAAUGGGCAGUUGUAAUUGGAUUCUAGAUAGUCCUAAGGGAGAUGUUGGUUAUCUUUCAAACUCCAGCUUCAUUUCUUCUCAAGUGGCGGCUUUUGAUUACCAAAGUUUACAGGGGACUGAUGCAUUGAUUUACUCUGAUUUCUCAUCCUUGAAUUCUACCGAAGAUGUUAAGGACGAGGAGAAUGAAUCUGUUCAACUUGCAGAUAAACUGCCUAUGAGAAAUUCAACAUCUUUAAGUGAGUAAUGGAAAUUCUUAGCUUUCAUAUGCUCUUGCGCUAUAGAGUCCAUAAAAGGUGGUGGUUCAGUUUUCAUUCCAAUCAACCAAUUUGGAAUUUUUCUGCAGCUUUUGGAGGAAGUUUCUAAAGCAAUUGAUGCUUCAGCUAUGAAGGUCCCAAUUUAUAUCAUUUCUUCAGUAGCUGAAGAUUUAUUGGCAUACCUUAACAUUGUGCCAGAAUGGCUUAGUAGACAGCGGCAAGAAAGGCUCUUUGAUGGGGAACCAUUGUUUGACCAUGUUAAGUUAUUGGAGGAUAAAAAGAUUCACGUGCUUCCUAAUAUUCACUCAGAAAAAUUUUGGAUGCAUUCACGGGAACCAUGCAUUGUGUUUUGUUCUCACUGGAGUCUGCGUCUCGGUCCUGUUGUUCAUCUGCUUCAACGUUGGCACAAAGAUCCAAAAUCAUUACUGAUCCUUGAGGGCGGGGUGAAUCCUCCUCAGCUAGCGCUAUUACCUUUCAAGCCAAUGGCAAUGAAGGUUCUUCAGUGUCACUUUCAACCUGGAAUAGGAUUGCGUAGAGUUAGGCCCUUGUUGGAGACUUUGCAACCAAAAACUCUUCUGUUCCCUGAGGAGUUCAGGCCGCAUAUAAGUUUUCCAAGCGAAAAAUUUCGCUCUGUGCUGUAUUACGCCGAGGGCAAAACUUCAAAAGUAUCGUGUAAGGACGGUUUUGAGUUAAAAAUUCCGGCUACUCCGGCUUCCAACUUUUAUUGGAAUGCAUUCAAAGAGCAGGAAAUCAAUCUAGCAAGACUAAAUGGGGAACUCAUCAUUGAAAAUGCCAGAUAUCACCUGCUGUUGGAUAAUACUGAAAAGAAUUCCAAUGGAAGAACAAAUUCGGUAAGUUUUCGUAAACCAGAAUUGGAAAAGCUUCUAGCAACAUUUUCAAAUUUUGGCAUCAAUGCAUCAGUGGAACAUCAGAAAAUGAACUCCGAAUCACAAAUACAGUGUCUGAUUCACACAGCAGAUCCUUACAAAGCUGUGAUUGAAAUUGGAACCAGCAGUGUUGUUAUUACUACUGCUGGUGAGAAUGUGGCUUCCCAUCUUUAUAAAGCUUUAGACAGUGUAUUGAAAGGGAAUUGAUAUAAUCGAUUCUCUUCUUGGUGCUUGUAAAAUCCAUGUUAAUGCAUGUUGUGACUGAAAAUGUUAAUCCA